CGGCGCUGCUCCUGGGGCCGCAGGACGCGCAGCGGCGGCGGCGGCGGGAAUGGCGCGGCCGGCCAGGAGUUCACAGAUGACACAAAGAUGGGAGGAGCGGCCGAUACCACAGAGUGCUGUGCAGCUCUUCAAAGGGACCUGGACCUGGACAGGUUGCAGAGAUGGGCAGAGAAGAAGUGUCUAAAAUUCAACAAAGGAACAAGAAAGUUGUUGAUUAUUCUCAGUUUGGGGAUUUGGAAGAUGAUGAUGAAGACUUUGCACCUUCAAGCAAAAAAUCUAGAACACAGCUCAAGGAGUCAAAGAAGGAGAAAAAAGAGAAGCCAAAAAAGCCCAGAGAAGUGACUCCAUCACAGACACUUAAUAAGAGGUUAUCCUUGGAUGACAAACUUUAUAAAAGAGAUUUGGAAGUUGCCUUAGCCUUAUCUGUGAAAGAAAAAUCUACAAAUCCCCAAGAGGUGAAAAAUUCAGAAGAACAAGGUAAGACUAUUGAAUCAGAAAAUACACAGAGGAGAUCCCCUUUUUCCAACUGCAGUGUAGACAGUGAACUUUUAGGUCUCAAUCAGGUUAUGGAUGAUGACACACCUGAUGGUGAUGGGAGGCAAAGGACAGCAGCAGACAAAGUUCCAGUACAUCACAUGUCAUUGGUAGUUGACAGUGAUGACAGACCCCAUGAUCUGGACUCUGAGCCAGAGUCUGUACCCACAUCGCCUAUAGUUUCUCCUUCCUGGAUAACAGAACAGAACUCUGAGCCAAGGCAGAAGGUGAUGUCCAGUCCCUCAGAAGCAGCAGGGAGACCUCUGCAUGCAUCAAGUCCUGUCACAGACAAAAAGCCUAAAUGGACACCACCAGUCCUCGUUUCCCCAUGGGAGUUGGGCUCAGUGUUUCUCUGUGGAGUGCCUGAAAAUGCCCAGGACACUGGGAGCAGUUUCCCAGUGUUGCUGCAGUUUGUGGCUGGGUAAUUAACCUGUGCACCAUUCCUGCUGCAUUGGCUCCCAGAGGGAGGAAUCCCUGGUGAGUGAUUUCCACGUGCCUCUGUAGUUCAGACCUUUUGGCACUCUCUUCAGAAUGCUUCUUUUGUUCUGCUAGGGAAAAUAUUACAAGACAACAGUCAUAUGAUAUUAUUUCCCCUUUUAACUUCUAAUACCUUAUUUCUGUUUUAAAAUCAUCUCCAGCUCUAUCAGGAAGCAGUAAUGUGAAAUGUGUUCCUGUUAAGUCACCUACUCAGUGCCUUAGACUUGGCCUCUCCAGACUGGCAAGAGUCAAACCUCUCCAUCCCAGUGCUACCAGCACAAAUGGCCAGUGAAAA